CGGUAAAGCUUCAGUAGUUGCUUCUUCGAAAAUGGGUUUUUCAAUAGUUCGCAGUACAAGCAAACUCCAAAAAUCAAAUCUUUUUAUUCAAAAACCAAACAAAACCCUGUUUCAUUCCCACAAAAUCUCAAGAAACUACACAACAAUCCAUGACAAUUCAGUAAAACCCCAACCCACUGACAAAACCAACCAAAACCCAGAUGAAAAAAGCCCCAAAAUCUCUCAAGAAUCAGAGAAAAUUUGCAAAAUUGUAAUGACCCAUCAUCAAAAUAAUAAAGAUUCAAGCUUUGACAAGGCCUUAAGCUCUGCUAAUGUUGAUUUAUCUCCUCUCUUGGUUGUUGAGGUCUUAAAGAAGCUAAACAAUGCUGGUGCACUAGCUUUACAAUUCUUCAAAUGGGCUGAAAAUAAACAUGGGUACAAGCAUACAACAGAUACUUACAACUGUUUGAUUGAGUCUUUAGGGAGGAUUAGGCAGUUUAAGAUGAUUUGGGUUCUUGUUAAUGACAUGAAGCAAAAAGGGGUUUUGAGUAAAGAUACAUUCUUGAUGAUCUCGAGGCGAUAUUCGAGAGCUAAGAAGGUUAAGGAAGCUGUGGAAGCAUUUGAGAGGAUGGAAAGAUUUGGGCUUAAGGCUGAAUUGUGUGAUUAUAAUAGGUUGCUUGAUUGUUUGUGUAAGUCUGGCAAUGUGGAGAAGGCACAUCAGUUGUUUGAUAAGUGGAAGAAGGGUACGAUUGAGGCGGAUGUUAAGACGUAUACGGUUUUGUUAGAAGGGUGGGGGAAAGAGCAGAAUUUGUUGAAAUUGAAUGAAGUUUUUAGGGAGAUGAAAGGUGAUGGGCUGAAACCUGAUGUUGUGACUUAUGGGAUUGUUGUUCAUGCUUAUUGUAAGGCGAAGAAGAAUGAUGAGGCAAUUGAAUUGUUUCGUGAAAUGGAGAGGAAUGGUGUUAAGCCUAGUCCACAUACGUACUGCACGUUGAUUAAUGGUUUGGGUAAUGAGAAGAGGUUGGCUGAGGCUCUUGAGUUCUUUGAGCAGUCGAAAGUAAGUGGUUUUGCUCCAGAAGCGCCUACUUAUAAUGCCGUUGUGGGGGCUUUUUGUUGGUCUUUGCAAAUGUAUGAUGCAUAUCGGAUGGUUGACGAGAUGAGGAAAUGUGGGAUUGGUCCUAAUUCUCGAACUUAUGAUAUCAUUCUACAUCACCUUGUUAAGGCGAGGAGGACAGAAGAGGCUUAUGAUAUUUUUCAGAAAAUGAGUAACGAGCCACACUGUAAGCCGGUGCUGAGUACAUAUGAGAUUAUUGUGAGGAUGUUUUGUAAUGAGGGACGGUUGGAUAUGGCAAUGUUGAUUUGGGAUCAGAUGAAAGCUAAUAAUGUGCUUCCUGGAAUGCAUAUGUAUUCAACACUGAUUCACAGUCUGUGUCACGAAAAUAAGUUGGAUGAUGCCUGUAAAUAUUUUCAAGAAAUGAUGGAUAUGGGUAUUAGACCUCCCGUGCAUAUGUUUAGCAAUCUGAAAGACUCUCUUCUUGAAAUCGGGAGGAAGGAUACUGUUCUGGAUCUAAGUCAGAAGCUUGACAAUCUACGUAACACUCAGUUGAUAAGAGUCUGAUAGUACCGAGAAGAGUUGUGUGUCCAAGAAUAGCUGCAAAGUUAGAGAUCAGGUUCUCAGAAGGUAUUAUUAUACUUCGCAGAGAAUAAACAGAAAGGUAAGUUUAACCAGGAAACAGACCUUAACAAACGGUUGGUCUUUGCUGGGGAAGGAAUCAAGAAAACUAUCCUUUAAAAGAAUCGAAACCUGGAAAAGUAAAUUGAUAUUUAUUAGUUCUCUGGCAUUGAAAUUUAAGGUGUGAAGUACAGAUAGUGCUUUCACCAACCCUGUCAUUGUUUGCUCGUACACUAGUAAUUGUAUGAGAUCUCAUAUCCGUACA